ACAAACGUGUAGCCGACCUCUGGCCGCCUGCCGCCCCACAAGUCUGUUCGACAGACGCUCCAAGAUGGCGGGUCGCGGCCAUGUGGAUGUGAGCGAGAGAAGACUCCGGCCGAUAUACGAUGCCCUAGAUGCCAGUAACAACAAGAAGGCGAUACAGGAAGCAGACAAAGUACUGAGGAAGCAGAAGGACCUGAUAUGUGCCAAGGCCCUGAAAGCCAUUGCCCUGCUGAGAAGCAGCCGGAGACAGGAGGCUCUACUGUUGGCAGCUGAAGUGGCUGCUCAGGAACCUAUAGAAGAAGCCACUCUGCAGGCACUCACUAUCUGUUACAGGGAGAUGGAAAGAGGCGAUCUUGUUGCCAGGAUCUAUGAGAAUGCGGUGAAGAAAGUUCCACAGAGCGAAGAGUUCCUGUCCCACCUGUUCAUGGCCUAUGUCAGGUUAGGGGAGUAUAAGAAACAACAACAGACUGGCAUGGCUCUGUACAAGGUUGCCCCUAAGAACCCGUACUACUUCUGGUCUGUGAUGAGUAUCGUGAUGCAGGCCCUGACUACUGAGGAUGAGAAACUGUCUCAGAAGAUGUUCCUCCCUCUGGCUGAACGCAUGGUGGAGAAAAUGGCCAAGGACACCAAAAUAGAGGCUGAGGCUGAGGUGCGCCUGUAUCUGAUGAUCUUAGAGAAGCAGAAGAAAUACCAGGACGCCCUGGAGGUUGUUGUAGGACCACUUGGCAACAAGUUGAUAUCAGAGAUAGAGCUGCAGUCCUUGAAGCAAGCUGAGCUGUACGUCCAGUUAGAGGACUGGCCCAAAGCCAACGCCAAGUAUAGGAAACUCUUGUUAACAAACCCUGAUAACUGGUUGUGGUACAUUCACUACUUCAACUCCCUCUUCCACCUGGUGGACUCUGGAUGGACUCCUUCAGAAGCUGAUGAAGGUUCAUCUGAUGACGUAGUAACCGGCACUGUAGAUAUGGCAAUAGCUUUUGUAGAGGAGAGAGUAGAAGAAGAACUGAAGAAUGGGAAGAGACUUCAAAGAGGACCGUUUCUCGCCAGAAUGGAACUCUUGAAAAGACUGACAGAGAGAGGAAACCAGGAGGCAGCAGACAAAAUAGGGCUACCAGCUGAUCUUCUCAAGGAUUACUUUAUCAAGUUUGGAGACAAGCCCUGCUGUUUUAUGGACAUGAGGCCUUAUGUGAGCAUGUUGAACCCAGACAACCAUGCACAGUUUGUUGAAGAGUUGCAGACGUACACAGAGAUCCCUGAUGAGAAGACAGGAGACGUGAGUCUGCCUGCUGAUGUCCAGGCCAUGCAGAGGCACAUCUGUUGUGUGGGGCUGGCCAGGUCUCUGGGCCUGCAGGAACAACUCACAGAAGGGGACAGGGAGGAGCUGGUUCAGGACCUCACCAGAAGACAUCAACAUGGCUUACAGUUCGGAAAAGACUUGCUCCCCACCGAUGUCCAACCCAGUGACAGCUACCUGUUAAUGGCAGUACAUAUCAAGUAUGCAGUCUAUAUGAAGACAAAGAAGCUAGGCCUACUGUUUGAACUGAUAGUGAUGCUUGAGAAGGGAGUGGCCAGUAGCCCAUCUAAUGCACAAUACAAACUCAUCCUCAUCAAGCUGUACAUUCUACUGGGUGCAUUUCAUCCCUGUAAGAAGCUAUAUGACAACAUGGAGAUUAAACACAUUCAGCAGGACACGCUGGGGUACUUCUAUGCCUGCUAUGCUGUGGCUCUGGGACACCUCACUCCUGCCUGCUCCAUACUUAGUGCCAUGCUCAAGUUUUUCUCUGCUAACCACAAAGAUACCACUGAGUACAUUAUUGCAGCCUACAAGUAUGGAUCGUUCCAUAAGAUCCCUGAGAUCAUCUCGUUCAGAGAGAGGCUGAACCUGUCCCACAACUACUCAGCCCUGGCUGUGGAACGUAUGAUACUGGACUUCAUCAUGGAGACUACAAAUCCAGAACAGAUGAGAGAACUGCUGGACUAUAUGGAGAUAUCUCCAGAGAAGGAUGAGAUAAAAUGGGACCUUCUAAAAGACAACCGAGAUCUUACAGUUCUAUCAUCAUGGGAGCCAAAAGAAAGAGAGCUGACGGACCAACAUAUCGAGCUGUCGUUCUGCCAGGACAGACAGUGGCUCAGGUUACGCAGCCUGAUCCUGCGCUCGCUGGCCGCCGUCAUCCUGAUGUCCCAGCCUGCCCCGCUGGAUGGGGAACACUCCCCGCAGAAACAGGACGCCUCCAGGAACGGGGAGGCUCCGGUGGAACACGGGAACACGCUCACUAGUCUCAUCCUGGACAUAAACACUCAUGUACAGGAGGUGGAAGGUCAAGCUGGCUCAGAAAAUAUGUCUCUGUUGUGUGGCCCCCCUCCCACCAGGAUGAAGGUGUACCUGGAUGGACAGCACCACGUUCUUCUCACCAGUAUCUUCCAAGUAGCUGUGGAUGUGCACUCUCUAGAAACUACUGAUCUCAAUCAGUCCCAAGAACUCCAGGAGAAGAUAGCAAAGAACUUUGACUGUAUACUGAAGACAUUUGAGUAUGUUCUGGACUCCAUGGACACCAGUAUUGCCAGUCCUGGCUGCCCACCUCAGGUGUACCCACAUGUACUGGAGGGGCUGGUGCUGCUAGUGGAGACCCUGUGCUUGAUGACACUUGUGACAUCUCAAUGUCAUGUGAUGCUUAAACCUAUGAAAGCUACCCUGACAAAAAAGAAAAGGAAGAAGAAAAACCCCACAGUGGUUGUGCCACAGGUGUUUGACAACUUCAAGACAUUUGUAGACAGUCUGGUCCAGUUUGGAGAGAAGCUACAUACACGCCUGACAGAAGUGAACACAGUCAUCACAGCAGUAGAUGUCAGUGGUUUGGAAAUCGACCCAGCAGAGAAAGAGGCAAUCAGUGUUGAGACUGUGUGGAACAAAGUGAAAGAGAGCUACCAGAUAUCAGCUGGGGAGACAUCAGAAGUCCUGAAACAAAAGCUGCAGUUGCUCAGGACCAUCAGAUUGUGAUAGGGCUGAUUAGAGCUGUUUUUAUGUAGUACAGAUUCUGAAAGAACAACCAAAUGAAUUUCCUAGAGUAACUUAAACUUCAACCUGCAUAUUUCUCUUGAAUCGGUGUUGUAGACUGACAGUUAAAGUCUUCAAUCUUUCAACAUGUGGUGGAUUAAAGGCAUUGUUUCAUGAAGAUAAUUCAAGUCUAUUUUAUAUAUUACCAGGUGUUCUGACUACAGUUGCAAGGAUUUUACCAGGAUUUGAAGCAGAGGAAUGAAGUUCACAUACUUUAUAGCCUAAUUCUUGGUUAAACUUCACUUCCAUAGACAGAAAGAUACGUGUACAACCUCCUCAAUGUUCUCCUGUUGUCACAACUGUAGCAUUUGGAUCUUUCACAGAACCUAUUUUCUAUCUAUAUGAAUCGUACCUUCUCCUGCUGGCUUUUUUUACAUCUUUAUUUUCAUUAACUCUUGACUAUUUCUGCACUGCUGCGGCAUAGUUACUUCUGCAUUUGGUGCAUUUCGCUGUGGUUUGAUGCGAUCAUGUGAGAAAUACGUACUCCCAUCCCAUAAAUAUAUGGGACCCACUGUACA